UCCUAUCUCUCUCUCUCUCUAACUCAAUCCAUCACACUUUGAAGUCUGCACGUUAACCUUCUUCCCCAAAUCCACUUCUUCUCCAUACCUUCUUCUUCUUCUUCUAUUAUCAUCACCAGAUCUCCCUUCACCUCAUUUCCUUCUAUCCACACCACACAAUCUUACCUAUCUUCACACAAACAUAUACAUAUCAUGUAUCAUUCAUUUAUCAUCUCAUCAACUUAGUUAUUUUCACCUGUUUCCUUCACCGAAUGAUCCCAAAGUUAGGGUUUCCAGUGCCCUAAUUGAACCGCUGAAUUUGUUUCAACUUGUAUGUUAACGGUUAUAUAGCCCGAGCCUGAGGCUCGGGAUCUGGAAUAAUGGCUUCGGAGGAUGAGCAGCAUGAUCGGUGGAUCACAGAGUUUCCUAAAGUUAGCAAUGCGUAUUUGCAGAAAUUCAGACUCUAUGAAACUCGCUCUAACUUCUAUAUGAUCGGACGCAGUAAGAAUAAAUCAGUUUGGAGGGUGUUAAAAAUUGACCGGUCAGAACCUACUGAGCUUAAUAUCACCGAAGAUCCCACAACAUACACUGAAAUCGAAUGUUAUGAUCUUCUAAAGCGUAUUCAUGAUGGAAAUAAGUCUACAGGGGGCCUUAGAUUUGUUUACAUUUGUUACGGGAUAGUCGGGUUUAUUAAGCUUUUGGGACCGUAUUACAUGCUGCUUAUUACAGAAAGACGUAAAAUUGGCGUAAUAUGUGGUCAUGCAAUUUAUGCAAUUACCAAGAGCGAGGUCGUACCGAUUCCGAAUUCUACUGUUCAACCAAGUGUGGCUUACUCUAAGGAUGAAAACAGAUACAAGAAGCUCCUAUGCUCAGUGGAUCUUACAAAGGACUUCUAUUUCAGCUACUCGUAUCAUAUUAUGCAUAGUUUUCAGAAGAAUAUAUCCAGCCCUGACACUGGAAACGAAACGAUGUUUGUUUGGAACGCGUUUUUAACUAGCACGGUUCAUAAUCAGCUGAGGAAUAAUCUCUGGACAGUACAACUAGUUUAUGGCUACUUCAAACAGGUCAAAAUUUCAAUAGGUGAGAAGGAUUUCAAGUUGACCCUCAUUGCUAGACGGUCUCGCCAUUAUGCUGGAACCAGAUAUUUAAAACGAGGGGUAAAUGAGAAGGGUCGUGUUGCCAAUGACGUUGAAACAGAACAGAUUGUAUUUGAAGAUGUACCUGAUGGAUGUCCAGUGCAAAUAAGCUCUGUUGUUCAAAACCGAGGUUCAAUACCCUUGUUUUGGUCCCAAGAAACUUCAAGACUAAAUAUUAAACCUAAUAUUAUAUUGUCAAAGAAGGACCCCAAGUAUGAUGCGACCCGACUUCACUUUGAGAAUCUUACGAAGAGAUACGGAAAUCCGAUAAUUAUAUUGAAUUUAAUUAAGACCAAAGAAAAGAAACCCCGGGAAUCUCUUCUUCGCAUGGAGUUUGCUAAUGCCAUUGAGUUGAUUAAUAAAGAUUUGCCUGAGGAAAAGCGUUUAAAGUUUCUUCACUGGGAUUUAAGCAAAUAUUCUAGAAACAAAUCUACAAAUGUGUUGGCACUUUUGGGAAAAGUAGCCACUUAUGCAUUGAAUCUAACUGGUUUCUUUUAUUGUCAAGCAAUCCCAAAUUCAGCGUCCGAUGAGCCAUUAGACCUUUCGAGGGAUGAUGAUGGUGGUGACAUGUACAGUUUCCAGACGAAAAAUAAAGAUGCUGGCAACGUCAGUUUCAAGCCUCUUAAAUAUCAAACAGGGGUCUUAAGAACAAACUGCAUCGAUUGUUUGGAUCGUACAAAUGUUGCUCAAUUUGCAUACGGUUGGGCUGCACUUGGUCGCCAAUUGCAUACUAUAGGUUAUAUAGAUACCCCUGAUAUUGAACUAGAUUCCGCUUUAGCAGAUGAUUUAAUGAGAAUUUAUGAAAAAAUGGGUGACACUCUAGCACUACAGUAUGGUGGUUCUGCAGCUCACAAUAAGAUAUUUUCCCAGAGAAGAGGUCAAUGGAAGGCUGCAACUCAAUCUCAAGAGUUCUUUAGAACUCUACAACGUUACUACAGUAAUGCUUACAUGGAUGCCGAAAAGCAGGAUGCCAUUAACUUGUUCCUGGGUCACUAUCAGCCGCAAAUUGGGAGACCUGCACUGUGGGAAUUGGAUUCGGACCAACAUUAUAAUGUUGGUAGUCAAGGUUCUAACUGUAAAGUGGAAAGAGCUAGGCUUAUUAAAAGGUCGUUGUCGGUCGGCAACAUGCUUUAUGAUGACAACAUCCUCUGUGAUAGAAAUUCUUCUGUUGGAACUGCUCAAAAUGAUGAAGAAUCCUUACCUGAAAGUGAUUCGUUUUAUCAAAGCUAUACAGACUUAAAGUCUUCUGAUGAAUGCACCGACAGUGCUCGAAUAUUUUACAAUAGAGAUUCCUUCGACUGCUCAAAUUUUCUUGAUGUUGAUUGGCUUUCAUCAUCUGGAAAUUCAUUUGAAGACGAAGCAUAUGAAAGAUCAACACUUGUAGGCUCCCCCAUGGGCGGUCAAUCAUCUGAAAAUGUCGUAAAUGAAAUGUGCACUUUUGCUAGUGAUUCUGAGAUAUGUACUAAUGUAAAGGAUGGUCAAAAUCCCGUCGGAUGCGGGUUUUCAGAUAGAUUUGCAGAAUGGGUGACUCAUGGGGAUAUUGUGUUCCCUUGAUCAGUUUUGUCAACGAAACCGAAAAACGGAAAAACAAAAGACAGUCUUACCAGUGAGCAAUUAAAUUUGAGUCAUAACCUAAAAGGAAGUGGGCUGCAAAGGAGAAAUAAAUGGUAAGAUGAUAUACCAUUAGACAAAAGUAGCGCCUGCAUAUUCUAAAAUGAUAUAGAACCCCGGAACCCGCUUUAAAAGUAAAGGAUGCUAACCGUUGUAACAAAAUGUAUGUACAAACAUAUGCAUGAGAGAAUUAGAACAAAAGAGUAACAAGCUACAAUUUUUUUCAUAAUUUGAAACUUUGUAAAUAAGUUUGUUUGAUUUAUUGUUGGUACCUAUUCUUUUA